CUGUUUAUACGUGGGUUUCAGGAAGUGGUUCUUGUGUAGCUGUUCCAGGUCAAGAUGAUCUUUCCUGCAUGGGUCUUUCUGGAAUUUUGGGAUACAAAUGAAUGCACAGACUGUUGUGACUCCUGUCGAUGCCCACCACUGUGUUGCCAAACUUGUGAUUGCCAGCAAUGCUCUGAAUGCCGAUCCUGCAGUCGCUGUCCAACCUGUGACUGCCCAUACUGCCGGAAAUGCCAGACGUGUGAACCUUGUCCUGCCUGCAACUGCAGACCGUGCCGUGACUGCCCUCCGUGCCAAUCCUGUGCCAACUGUGAAUGCCCGCGAUGCCGUGAUUGCCAGAUAUGCAAGCCUUGCCCCACCUGCGAGUGCCCGAAAUGCCGCGCCUGCGAGGAGUGCAAGCCCUGCGAGUCCUGUGAUUGCAAGCGCCUGUGUGAAUGCCCACCAUGCAGGCCCUGUGAGAUCUGUAACUGCCAGGACUGCCGUGAGUGCCCACGCUGCAAACCCUGCCCCACCUGUGAUUGUAAACGCUGUGACUGCCGUCCAGACUGUAAGUGCAGACCCUGCUGUGAAUGUCCAGCUGACUGCUGUCCAAACUGUAAGUGCAGACCCUGCUGUGAAUGUCCAGCUGACUGCUGUCCAGACUGUAAGUGCAGACCCUGCUGUGAAUGUCAACCCUGCCAAUGUUGUCCCAACUGCAAUUGCAAGACGUGCUGUGAGAACUUUUGGAAAUGCUCGCUCCUAUGUGCAUGCCUCUCUGCAACAGGCGAUGCCUGCAAGUCGAUCUGUAACUGCCCUGAGUCCUGCCGGUGCAAGCCAUGCAUCAGAAACUUCCCGCUAUGCAUACUAAUUUUCACUGUCCUUGGCGUGAUUGGAUCUGCAUAUGGUUUCAUUGUGUCAUCUGUGGCUUUAGACGUUGGUCCAUUAUGUCGUGUGACACAGUUGGGAGAGUGGAGACAUCCAUUUUAUAAGGGGAAUUACCUAAACGAUCCCAAUCUUUGGAUCAAGUGCCUGGAACCUGAAAACGUGAUCCCUUGGCAUGUCAGGUUAUUCUCCAUCUUGCUGGUGACCAGUGCCGUUCAAUUCAUUAUAUGUGUCGCUCUACUCGUCAACAUUCUGUUUGGAAUGUUCUGCAAAGAUUGUCAAUGUUUUAAGGGCUAUGAACGCAUGUAACUCCAGGCUGAAGUACAUUCUAUUUAAAU